AUGGAGCCAGCCCGCUGCGCUGAGCACGGGGCCGAGGCGCCCCCUUCCCGUGUCCCUCCGCCGGGCCCACAGCCGGCCUUUCCUUCUGCCCCCUCCGCUGGCGCAUACGCCACCCCCGCGUGUGGAAGGGUGCUCCUCAGAUCACUUUGCAUCACAUCAGCCCCUGAGACGGAGACCGUUACUGCCUCGGCUCUGCCACUGAAGCAGCUGAGGCUCAGGAGUGGGAGAAUGUUCGUGGAAGAGAGGGCAAGAGCUGCUGUGCCAGGAAUUCCAACCUCCACCCCUACUGUGGUUUCAGGUUAUGAAGCCCUGGAGGGCCCAAAGGAGAUCAGCGGGUUUGAAGGUGACACUGUGUCCCUGCAGUGCACCUACAGCGAAGAGCUGAGGGAGAACAGGAAAUACUGGUGCAAGGAGGGCUGGCUCCUCUUCUCCCACUGCUCUGGCACUAUCUACACGGGAGCAGAUGGCCAGGAGACAACAGAGGGCAGGGUGUCCAUCCGCGACAGCCGCCAAGAGCUCCAGUUCACCGUGACCUUGAGGGACCUCACCCUGCGGGAUUCCGGGAAGUACCGGUGUGGAGUCCAAAGACUGGGCCCCGAUGAGACAUUCCUGGUCUCUCUGCUUGUCUCUCCAGGGCCCUGCUGUCCUCCUUCCCCGACUCCCUCCUUCCAGCCUCUUGCUACAAGGAACCUGCAGCCCAGGGCAAAAGCCUGGCAAACCCAGCCCCCAGAAUUGACUUCUCCUGGUCUCCACCUGACAGUCACCACAGCCAAGCAGGGGAAGACAGGGGCCAAGGCCUCUCCGUUCACAGGGUCCUUGCCGUCCAGGUUCGCAGGGACCUCUUCGUAUGCAAGGACCUCUCCUUAUGCAGGAAUCUCCCACCCAGCAGUGCAGCUCGACUCCACCUCGGCAAAGCACACCAGUCCAGUCCCCAGCAGCAGCAGCUCCAAGCCCAGGGUGUCCAUCCCGAUGGUCCACAUAUUGGCCCCGGUCUUGGUGCUGUUGACCCUUCUGCUGGAUGCAGGCCUGAUCACCUUCGGCAGCUACCGGCUCCAGUGGAGAAAGGAAGCUCAGCUGGCCGCAGAGACACAAAGGAACAAGAACGUCUUCCUCUCACACGUGACUACGGAGGAAGAAGAGGCCUCUCCCCAGGACCCCAAGGGGGACAUUCUGCCAGUGCCCCCCGUCCACAUGGCUGAGGAGGAGAUGGGCUUCUCGAAGUUCACCUCAGUCUAGCCACAGAACACCCUCCCGGCCGGGCCAGUGCAGAGCUGAAUGGCUGGAUUUGCACUAGUUCACAUACACUUUCUACCACAGCCUCAGAGUCGCUCUGCCUGGACUCCCGCGCUCUCCUCUGCCCUCCCCAGGCUCUCCUCCUGCAUGCCUCAGCCUGACCUAGAAGGAUCUCUCAGCCCUGGAGCCCGGAGCAGCGGCCUCAGAGUUCCAGCUGGAGACAGGGUCUCUCCAAUAUGUGCACGUCCCCAGGCAGGGCGCACAGCUGCUGGACCCUCCCCGGGGCCAGGCAGGGCUCAGUGGAUCUGGGAUUGGAUCUGCUCCAGGAAAUCCCCUGGGCCCAGGAGCCCAGCAACUGGCCCCGCCCUCGCCCCUUCCAGCCCCCACCUUCUCCUGCCUCCAAGCUGUCCUCAGACUCAACGCCACAUUCUCCAGCAUCCGCAGGUGUUGAGGAGGCAACAGGCUGGGCUUGGCCUGGAUUCUGAUUUCUCAGAAUGUGGCUGUGGACCACCUGCCCUUCAGGAAGCUGGUUAAAAGUGUGAUUCCUGGGCCCCACCAAGACCCACCAAAACCAUCUCUGGGGCGGGGCCCCGGGCUCUGCAUUUCUAACAAGUGACCCAGGGGUUCCACACUCGAGUUUGAGGACCAGUGGGCUGAGAACUCUCAGCCUCUUCCGGCUUAGAGAGUCUAUGUUCUGGGUGUGGAGUCUCCCAUCUGCCCCCCUGUAGGGGCUGCUCUGUCCAUGACACCAUGACCCAGCUGGAGGCUUUCCUGGGGCCCACCAAGUCCAGGCCCCGGUCAGGUGCACAUUGGAAGGGGUGAGCCCAGGACUGGCAGGCACUGGUUGCCUUUCUGUUCUCCCUCCCCAGCCAUGCAUUCCUGGCUUUGGAAAAAUGGAGAAAAGCUUGGCUCCUUCAUGGUCUAGAAAGGGUUGAUUGCCAGAGUGCAGGUGGGUGUCAAAAGGGAGGAGGGAGGGACCGAAGUUGACCCUGAGUCUAGCCCCCUGAAGAAGGGGUGGGGGUUUGAGGGGUAGAGUAGCAGAACUACUAUUUUUUUCCAUUUUCUUUAAAAAGUGAAAUGGGGGGUUGUUCGGUAUACAAAACUUAGAAAGAUGAGAAGAAAAAAAAAAAAAAACCAAGAAAAAAAGUCACCUGUAGUCGACUUCACCAAUACCCAGAGACAAUCAUUAUUUCCCUUUGCUAUAUUUCCUUUCAGUCUUUUUAUCUCCACAUAAUUUGCUGGUGUGCAUUUUACAGAGUAAUUAUCAUGUAUGUACAACUCUGUUUACUGCCUUUCCCACUUAAUAAAUACAUCAUAAUCAUUUCUCCAUGUUUUAUGAGCCUUUUAGAAAUAAAAUGCUUAUCAGCUGCAUAUUUCAUCGUA